CGACUAGAUUUAGCGCAUUGAUACCGAUGGUACACGAAUGGAUGAAACGCGAUUUAGGCUCCAUCACGGUGGGAGAGUGGUGCCGGGCCAUGCAGCGGGGCACCCGACUCUCCCUUCCCUGGAGAAUGCUCAGGGAGAAGUUCAUCCCUCUCGACCCGAUCACGGGCUUGGUGGAAUACAACUCCCUCUUCCACGAAUUCCCUACCGACUUCCAACAACUCUCCGGCGACACGAAGGGAGUGGAGGACGCAGUGUUUCAGAAUCGAGCCAGCCUCGAGACCAUCUUCAACAUCAUGGACACCGACAACUCCGGAACGAUUUCCAUGGAGGAAUUCUCGACGACGUGCGAGCUGAUGAGUCAAUACCUGCCUUCGUCCAUUUCCCCGUCUUCGUUACUGGACAUAGCGGAAUCCAUCGACAUCAACAAAGACGGAAAAAUCACGCUGAAUGAAUUCCUGGAAGCCUUUCGUCUCUCCCAACAUGCCAAUCGUCGGUGCCCUCCCGUUCCUCGUCACCCUCAUUGAAUCUUCACC